AUGGAGGCAAAGAAGUACUUCAAGCGGGCCGGGAUUUUGAGCGCCCGCCGGGGCGGGGAAAUGCUUACUGAAGAACUGGGCUUUCCGGCCCCCGGACGGGAAUGAGGUAAAAGGGCUCCCCCAAAACAAAAGGGCAGGCCUCGGGGUUUGGGCAGGAACAAGGUCAACCAGGAGGUGGGUGACGCGCCAGAGCUCCCCCGCGCCGAGGUCCUCCGGAGGCUGAGGGAAAGGGAGGAGCCCAUCUUGCUCUUCGGCGAGACGGAGCACGACGCCUUCAAGAGACUGCGGAGGCUGGAGAUCCUGGAGCCGGAGGUGAACCGGGGUCUGAGGAACGAUUUCCAGGAGGCCUUGGAGCGGGUGGACCAAGUUUCCCUUUAAACAAAUCCUGAAGACAAAAGGGAGGAGACCUUUCGGAAUUUUUCUCUCACGGGGGGGGGCAAAAUCAUCACAAGGAAAGCCUAUCGAGAGGGGGCGAAUACCUAAACCCCGGGCAACGCCUCGUUCGAACUCAGGUGCAAGGUCAUCCUCAAGUUUGUUGAGCUGAUUUUGCAGCUGUGGGGCAGCAAGCACAACGCGCGUCCGGAGGCGGAGAAGCUCAGCGUCCGGGGGAAGAUGGACUCCGCUACCUACACGCAGACGCAGUCGUACCUGAAGCCCUUGAUCAAGUGCCUCAAGAAGAGGUCUCUGCCCGACGACAUCAUGGAGUGUCUGACGGAGAUCGUGCAGCACUGCCUGGAGCGCGAUUACGUCAAGGCCAACGACGCUUACCUGCAGAUGGCCAUCGGCAACGCCCCCUGGCCCAUUGGCGUGACCAUGGUGGGCAUCCACGCGCGAACGGGGCGAGAAAAGAUCUUCAGUAAACACGUGGCCCACGUCCUUAACGAUGAAACGCAGCGGAAGUACAUCCAGGGCCUCAAACGGCUCAUGACCAAGUGCCAGCAGUACUUUCCAGCUGCGCCUUCGAAGUGCGUCGAAUACCAAGCAGUUGCACAGUGAAGAGUAAAUUUCUUGGGUCCUGUACCCGAAGACCGGUUCAUGACCUGGUGUAAAAUAUAUGGAAGACAACAGAACAUGAAUGGCAGACUGAGCAGGAUGAAUGAACAGUUUCCGAAAAUUCACGUUGGAAAUAAGAACAAAUAUGUUAUUGUCCCAGCUCAUGAAUAUGAGUUAACAUUUUGCUAAACUCAAUGGUAAGAAUAAGAUAUUUAUCUUCAUCUUCAAGGAUUCACAAAGUUUAGAUAAAUGCCUAUGUAGUAAGAUUUUACCAUAUUUUUCAUAUUUGUUUUGGAAAGACAGGAAACAGUAUUGGCAACAAAAUAAAUAUAAAAUGUGAUUACAGAAUUAAUUCCAAUUAAAAUCAUUUACACUGAGAGUUAUUCGCCACAACCCUACGUUUUGUUCUGUGCUAGUGCAUUGUAAGAAAAAGAUAUGUACAAUAUAUAAGUAUAAGAUAUUCAUUUCAUUCAAACUUAUCAUCAAACAUUGUCCAUAUAUUGUUCACAUUUAUAUUUUGGCAAUUUUUCUAAUUGCCUUGCAUAUAUUUUUUCUUCGCAUAAGAAAUAAAAGAUGAAAUUUUUAA